GUGCGACGGCAGCGCCUUCCGCUUCCGCUCCGUGCCCUUCUUGUCCGUUCCCGGGGUGGGGAUGUUGGCGGCGGCGGCGGCGACAUGGGGAGCGGCGCGGGCCGCGCUGCGAGCUGGCGCAGGCCCGGCGGCGGCGGCGGCGGCGCAGGCCCGGCUGGCGGGGAGCUCCGCUGGGGAGACUCGCCCUACUGUCAGACCAAAAAACGAGGUAGAACAGAAGCAGCUCUGUGCUUUUGGGGAGUAUGUGGCUGAGAUCCUGCCCAAGUACAUCCAGCAAGUACAGGUGACCUGUUUCAAUGAGCUGGAACUUUUAAUCCAUCCAGAUGGGAUCAUCCCAGUUCUGACCUUCCUUCGAGAUCACACUAAUGCCCAGUUCAAAUCCUUGGCUGACUUGACUGCUGUUGAUGUCCCGUCUCGGCAGUACCGCUUUGAGAUUGUGUACAAUCUCCUGUCUCUGCGGUUCAACAGUCGGAUCCGUGUGAAGACGUACACUGAUGAGCUGACACCUGUUGACUCGGCAGUGUCUGUGCACAAGGCAGCAAACUGGUAUGAAAGAGAGGUUUGGGACAUGUAUGGUGUUUUCUUCGCCAACCACCCUGAUCUAAGGCGAAUCCUCACAGACUAUGGCUUUGAGGGCCAUCCUUUCCGGAAGGACUUUCCACUCUCUGGUUACGUGGAGGUCCGGUAUGAUGAUGAAGUGAAAAGAGUAGUGGCAGAGCCGGUGGAGCUAGCUCAGGAAUUUCGCAAGUUUGAUUUGAAUAGUCCUUGGGAGGCAUUUCCUGCCUAUCGUCCAGCUCCAGAACCCCUGAAAAUAGAAGCAGGAGCCAAGAAAGAAGAAACAAAAUAGCAGCAGAAUGGAGCGGAUGCGUGGCACCAUCCUUACUGUUCUAAUGCAGUAUUUAUAAUAAUAAUAAAAAUCAAUAUAAGAUUCUU